AAAAAAAUUGGCGCCUCAUAUUGGCCCUUUCCACCAUAUUUCAAAAACUUUUCAGAUUGUUUUUCAACUCUCCCGCGCCACCAAGCGCGCCAGUGGAGUGGAGGGAACCCAAAGUAUUUCGUUUCAAACUUUGGAUCAGCUAGCACGGACUCCCAUUAUAAACCCCAUUUUUCGCGCUUUUUUGCGGCUAGAGUCAGUCGUUUUGUAGCAGUCGACGAUUAAGGUUGAUUUGGAUUUCCAUUCUCACCCGGUCCCUUUUUCUCGGGUUGUUUGUCCGGAAGCCGGACGGAACAGUAGAAAUCGUGACAGGCAGGCAGCCAGCCAGAGUCAGUCAGCACUAGCAGCUAGCAGUGCAGCAAUGGUGUCGGCACAAGCAAGCCCCACUGUGGAAAUCCAGAGGUCACCUUUGAAAGAAGGGAAGAGUCGGACUAAGGAUCCUGGGCUUCGUGUUGUUGGUGGCAGAAUUUAUGAUUCUGUCAAUGGGAAGACCUGCCAUCAGUGCCGUCAGAAAACAAUGGAUGUAAUGGCUCGGUGUAGGUUCCUGAAAGAAAGCAGCAAACCAUGUGUCGUUACUUAUUGUCAUAAGUGCUUGUUGAACAGGUACGGAGAGGUGGCUGAAAAUGUUCCACAGAUGGACAACUGGCAUUGUCCCAAGUGUAGGGGUAUUUGUAAUUGCAGCUUCUGCAUGAAGAAGAGGGGUCACAAACCCACUGGUAUUCUGACGCAUACAGCAAAACAAAAUGGGUUUGCAUCUGUUUCUGAACUUCUACAAGUGAAAGGGCCUGAAAACUUUGUGUAUAAUAGGGUGAAAGACAAGGAUGCUUCCCCGAUGAAAGCUGCUUUGAAAGUGGAGCCUGAAGUUGGUUCGCCAAGGAAGCCAGGGAAAGAGAAUUCUUUGGAUGGUAUAAGUGAUUUGCCCUUGCAUUCGCAGAAAGAAUUCCCUAGUCCCAAGAUAAUCAAAUUCAAGAAAACAAAAAGGGAAGAGCUGAAAGAAGUCAGUAAUGGCCAUGGUGAAGAUGCAGCCAAGAUGCAGCUUCAAUGGUUAAGAUGAAGAAGCCUAGGAUAAAUGAACAAAUGUCCAAAAAUGACGAUGCUGUUGUUCCAAAAGUCCAUGAUGAUGAUAUAUCAGCUAUGGAUGUUAUUGGGAAUGAUAACCUUGAAACCAUAAUGAAUCCAUCUUCAAAAUCCUGCUGGAAGCAGAUAAAUGAAGUGGUGCAUAAUGAGAUUCCAUUGCCUCGAGGCUCAAUUUUAACCAAUGUGGCAGGGGUUGACUUGGCCCCUGAAGAUGCUGGACAAGUCUUACAAUUCCUGGAAUUUUGCAAUGCUUUUGGCCAGGCUUUUGAUCUUAAGAAAGGGCAUGCUGAAGCAGCCAUUAGGGAAAUGGUAAAGGGCCGAAGAGGAUGCCGGACACAAUCCUCUUUUGUAAUCCAGAUUCAUAUCCAGCUGCUGUCUCUGAUACAAGAAGAUAUAGAUGAAAGGCGUCCAACCCUAAGUCCAACAGAUGGCAAGAAUUCAUGGCUGCUAUCUCUUGGGGAUUUUGUCUCCAAAUAUCCUUUCAUGUCAAAGGAUUUCCCUCCUGAUCGUUUCAACAAAGGGAAUGCCAUAUACGAGGAGUUGAGCAUCUCUGGAAAGCUCAAACUCCUUAAUUUUCUGUGUGAUGAAACUCUCAACACCAUGGAAUUAAGAGACAUCAUUGAUGAGCAAAUUUUGGAAUUCGACGAAAGUAGGAAGGAAGCCAAGGCAAAAAUUCUUGCUGCAAAGGAAAAGGAAAAGGAAGUGAAAAAGAAGAAGCAGGAUGAGAUUGCGAAAGCUGUACUUGCAAAAAAUGGGGCUCCUUUGUCUAUUUCUGAGCAUGAAGCAUUAAUGUCUCAGAUAAAAGAGGAAACUUCUCAAGCUCAUGCAGAAAUGGAGGAGGCUAAGGCCAUGGUGUCUAAGGAAUCACAAAGAUCUGAUGCUGUUAGAAGUGUUCCCAUGCUUUUGGAUAUCAAGGGUCGUGCAUUUUGGAGACUGAAAAGCUACAAUAAUAGCAAAUACAUCUUACUCCAAGGUAUGGGUGACUGGGACUCUGAUUCUCCCAGUGAGAAGUGGUUUACCUUUGAUGAUGCACAGAUACCAGAAGUUGAGAGAUACAUAUCUGUGACUAGGCAAGCCAUGUCAAUAAAAUACGUUUAGCCCACUUCCAUAAUGUCAGACGUGUUGUUUCAGAUUGGAUUCAAUGUUGCUUUGCUUUGUGGCUGUUAUUUGGUUUCCAGGUCUAGGAGGAAUGUUAAGGUCAGAAAAGGUUAUGAACCAGUGCCAGAUAUGUCAACAUGGAGGAAAGCUCAUAGCUUCCUUCAAGUAAAGACAUAGCAGCAUCUUCAUUUGUACAAAGCUGCCUUUAAUAUUUUGAGGGCACUUUGAACACGCUGUUGUAUACUGAAAAUGGCGAGGCUGGCCAGCAGUAGAGGCUAACUACUGCUUCACCUUCAUGGACGGAUGCAUGUGGAUGUAAAUGGGCGUCUCUCCCCAUCAAGUAGAAUCCAGAGUUUCCAUUUUUUUGGUUUCGUUUUGUUAAUGGGGAAAGGGGGUAGAAGUAGAACAGGGGACAGUUGCAUUGAUGAAUGAAGUCAUGCAUUUGAGGACAUGGUUUAGAUGGGAGAAGCUUUCCCUUUAUGUAGAAAUUACCUCAGUUUAAGACUGUGAAACCCUCCAUCUAUGGUUUGCUGCUCCAGUCUCCUUUUUUGCUUCCCAUUUCUAAGCUUCUCUAUGUUUGAAUCUGUACAUUUGUGCUUGGUUUGGUGGUGUGGCAAUGGACCUUCACAAGGCCAAAACAGGGUGAGCUUAUGGUAGUAAAACGCAUCACUUAGGUGUCGUUUCAUUAUUUUCCGUUGAGAAGAUCGAGCGAGGGAAAAUUGAGACACGUAUAGUUUCAGAAAUUGGGAUUAUCAGAAUUGGAAGUUGCUUGAGCUUUUGCCACUACAACCUCUCAUUUCGUUCUAAUCCUGCUGCUCCACUUCAAGAAACUAAGCUUGGAAUUGGAGAGGGAGCUCUGAAUAAUCUGCCGGGGAAAAAAAAAAUGAAAGCUCUGAUAGCAGCAUCUGCGAUUGCGGUGGCAAAAGUGGGAACCGUUCCCCGUGUUCCUGUAACUCGUCGUCUCCAUGGCGCCCACCGUGGUUACUGCUGCUGCUGCUGCUUCCUCUCUUCGCAUCCGAAUUCUUCUUCCUCAACACCGUCGACGGCAAGAUUGGGUCUCCAGCGAAACGGGCAAACCCUCAGGUUGGUUUUGGUCGCCAAAGCUGCUGAUUCCACUCAGCCGACUUCUGCCGUUGCCUCCAAAACCCUUGUUCCUGAUGAUGGAUUCACUCUCGCGAAGAUAUCAUUUGGUGUUAUUGGGCUUAGUAUUGGCGUUUCACUCUUGUCAUAUGGGUUUGGAGCCUAUUUCAAUAUCCUUCCAGGAUCUGAAUGGUCAGCUUUAAUGCUCACUUAUGGAUUCCCCCUUGCAAUAAUUGGUAUGGCUCUUAAGUACGCGGAACUUAAACCAGUCCCAUGUUUGUCCUAUUCGGAUGCUGUUGCAUUAAGGGAGACAUGUGCCACUCCCAUCUUAAAGCAGGUCAGAAAUGAUGUUAUCAGAUACAGAUAUGGAGACGAGCAACAUUUAGAGGAAGCCUUGAAGAGAAUAUUCCAGUAUGGUCAGGGAGGAGGAAUUCCUCGCAGGAGUGCACCUGUUCUACAAAAGAUUCGUGAAGAAGUUACUGAUGAUGGGAAAUACUGCCUUGUCCUGGAAUUUGAGGCGAAAGCUCUAACAUUAUCCGACUUCGAAAAAAGACAGGCAAAAUUCACUUCCUUCUUUGGACCAGAUAUCACAGCAGAAGUUGGGAAGGGGGAAGGCGAUGUAUUUGAAGUGCGACUCAUUUCAAAUUCUAAUUCAAAUGCCAAAGUAUCAUCUUCGUAAAGAUCUUGAUGGUACAAAUACAGUUUCACCCUGCUCUUAACUUGCAAUUUCCAUCACAUGUUUAUGUUUCCUUAAGAUUUGGUAAUGUUGAUAUCUGAUAUGUAUGUGGCAAAUGUAUUUGCAUAGUUCAAUAUAAUAUGUACAGUUAUUGAGAAUUGAGAAUAAUGUUAAAGCUCUUCAACUAGCUGGCAUAUAAGGGAAUUACUUUCUACACCAGGGCAUUGAUUGUACAUGAGUAGUUAGAAUCUCUAUUAUUAAAGUUGAUGUUCGAAACUAUGAAACAUAUGCAACUGGUCCAGAAUCACUUGCCCUGCCCCAGUCAUUCAUAACGUAUGCUGCCAAGAUGUUCACAGUGAAGCUGGAUUGAAAUGUAUUCUCUCCCGCUACUCAAUUAUUGAGAUUGAAAUGUUUUUGUUGGCAUUACCUACUGUU